GUUUUGUCAGUCGGGUCUUCGUGUUAUAGCCUACCUGUGAAUCUAACGACCGCGCCACCAUCAUCUGUGUACAUUUGCAGCAAUCUUGGCACUAAUACAACACCAGCAACCAGCAAAAAAACAGGCCAACGGAAUAGAUCAAUCUGGAAUCUGGCCUGGGUGGCGCUAGUGUACGCAACAGACGUUUCACUGCCAGAGUGGCCCAUGACAUUCGUCGCUAUAACGCUGUCUCCGCGUUUUGAUUGGUGCUAAACCGAACCGAACCACGUAACACACACACACGCACACAUUCGAUCAUUCCGCAUCUCCUGGGCAAAAGCAGCGCUCUCAUCGUUCCUCUGCGGCGAGCAGCACAGCGGACCUCAAGUGUGUUGUACAAGUUGCGCUGGCGCGCCUGUAUAAGUGUGUUGUGUAUACGUUUGUGGUGUGUGUGUGUGUCUUUUCCGUAAAACGCCAAACGGUCUGUGACGAACGCGCUGGCAGCUUAUUUGCGUGAACAUUUCCGAAAGCCGCACCGAGCCGUAGUGUGUGCUGCCAACUUGCGCGUUUCCUUGGGCACUUUCGGACGUACAGGGUGAAAAGCGCGUUACACACUGUGACAGGAAGCGAAACGGGAAACCGACGGCAGACAGCGUGCGUGUUUGUGUGUUGUGAGUGUGUGUGUGUGUGUGUGUGGGCAUAGAAAACUUGUCCACUGCAAGAUUAUUGCGUCCCCAGCGAAAACUGUUGACUAAUCGCGUGCGUGUGUGUGUGUGUGUGCUUUUUUUUUGGUGUCUCCUGGGAACAAACGGGACUCGAUAGGGCUAAAAUAUCCCAAAUCCCGCUGCUGUGCCAGCAUUCGUACCAUCGGGUGAAACCCACCAGGAAACGAGGAACCCCCAUCCCCGCAACUCCGGCAAAAGGACGACACGUACACACGCACACACGCGUACACUCCGUGAGCAGGAAGAGGUAGAAAGAAAGAGAAAGCGUGUGUGCGCUCUGCGACCGAGCGAGAAAGCGAGCCAAGGGCGAGCGAGAGCGUGUGCCCGUGUGUGUGUGUGUGCGGCGAAAGAACGUCAAACGCGGUGGGAAGGAAGCAGAAAAAAUCGAACACUUACUUGCGUGCGUGCGAGCGCGUCUCUGUGGUGUGUAGAGUGUGUGGCCUUUCUGCAAACCUGGUUCAAAUAUGGCGAAGCCUGCCCAGUUACUAACUAUUGAACCGGCGAACGAGCUCAAAUUCCAGGGCCCGUUCCGGACUGCUGUUGCGUCGUACAUGCGGCUCACCAAUCCGACCGACCAUGAUAUCUAUUUCAAAAUCAAAACAACCGCACCGAAGAAGUACUGCGUGCGGCCCAACUGUGGCUUACUGGAACCCCGCGAAUCACAGGAGAUAGCCAUCGUCCUACAGCCGUUCAUCUUCGAUUCGAACGAGAAGAACAAGCACAAGUUCAUGGUGCAGUCGAUGGUGAAGCCGGACGAUGAGGACAUCAACCUGGAGGACCUCUGGAAGAAGUACCCGGAGAAGCUGAUGGACUCGAAGCUGCGGUGCGUGUUCGAAUGCCCGCUGGACAGCAACCAGCCGGCCCAGGCGACGGACGGAUCGAAUGCUGCUGCUGCCGCCGCACCCAAUACUGCGGCAGGCAACGAAGGCAAUGCACAGUUCUCAAACGCACAGUUUAACGCGAUGAGCAACGACGACGAGCUGCAGUCGGAGGCGGCCCUGCUGAAGGAGAUCAAGAAGCUGCGGGACAACGAAAGCGUUUUGCGCCAGGAAAAUUUGCAGCUACGGGAACAAAUUGUACAGCUCCACAUGGAAGCGGAAGGGCGAGCCAAAGAGCAGUCGUCGCCGGCCGGCGCUACUGCCGCCGCCAAAUCGGUCCCGGUCCAGUCGGUGCCCGUGCACUAUCAGAAUCCGUACUCGCCACCGCCGCCCCAGCUCGGCCGCAUUCCGUCGUUGGACAGCUGGUACGCGCUGGCCUUUGCCAUCUUCAUAUGCUUCGUCGGCGUGCUGAUCGGCAAGAGCAUGGUCAGCGAGAGCAGCAAAUAAAGUUUAAUUUAACGAAGGGGAAUGUGGGUGGGUACUGCGGGCCCCCGGGUAACGAGCGAGCGAGAUGUAAUGGCCCCGCGGUGUUCCGGGUGGGUGGGUGGGUGGUGGUGAUGCGGUUUUGGAGAUAGAAAGUGGAAAGUGGAAGAAUGGAGACAACAGCAGCAACACAUGAGAAGUGGACGCGCAAACACGGAGCAAAGGGAGGGGGGGGGGGGGAGAGCAGGAGCAGGAGCCACCGGAGCGUUGUCAGGCGAGGCGCCAAGCGCGCACUUUGAGAAAGCCCACGUCUCAACAGUGUUUAAUCCUGCCGCGAGCGGCCGCGCGCCCCUGCUCCGAGUGGAUGCAAUUUGGGUUCGAUUUUCGAUUUUCAAAACACUGUAAAACACGCGGCAAACAAGCCAAGAGAAGAGGUUAAGCAAAACAAAAAAAAAACAUGUGUACAGCAAACGCUCGCGCGCGCCAUUUGUGCAGUAGAGUAACUGUGCAGCGAAUAACCACGCGUGAGAAUGAGAGCAGCAAACAAAUACGCGCGACCCAACAGAAAAAGACACACACGCAACAUACUGCAGCCACAGACAAAUCCACGCAUCCUACACGUACAUACAUUAACAUGAACACAAACGCAACGAUCACGGUUUGCGGGAGGAGUGCGCGAUCAUACUAUAAUGGUGUGAAGGGAAGGAGAUGGGAAUUUAAAAUGGGUACGCGGCCAACGCUGCCCGUUUCCUUUUUGUUGUUUAUUUGUUUUCCAUAUAAGAACGUAACACGAUUAUUAAAAAAAAAGUGGGGGUACGGGAAGGGCGUUAAAGAGCCGUGGAGGAUGGGGAAGAGCGUCGUCGUGUCGCUAAACAAUCCUGGGAAGGAGGCACCAGUGGGGAAGGAGAAAGGAUGGAUACACUGGAUCAGGGCUCGGUGAUAGUUUUGUGUGCUCCGCGAACAGCAGAGAAAGGUGGACGAAGCAGAGGUGGUGGGGAAAAUACGGGAAAAUUCGAAUGCGAUGCGAAAGAGCUGACAGGAAGCAGGCAAGCAUGUGAGGUACACUACGCGCGAAAACUACGACGCCACAAACACACACACACACACACUCUCUCUCUCCUUUAGCAUCAAAGUCGCGAAAUUGGCAAGAUCCAUUAAGCUAGCAAAGUAAACAAGUUAUGCACCCAUAGCAGAAGAAAACGAAACAAAAACAACACACACAAACAAAGACACACAGAUACACAGGACAAGUGCAAACAGAGACUCUACACUCAUAUAUUUCGUGUUGGGAAGGAAAUUUGGAAUUUGGUAGCAAAAAAAAGAAGAAAAAAAACAUGAUACACAAACACACACACACCAGCUUAAAUGCAGCUUAUUAUAAUAUAACAUGCCUAAACAUUAACUUAAAAGAAAGAACUAAUCCGAAACAGAAAAUUGUGCAAAAGAGCAAAAAACGGCAACACAACAAAAACACACGGGAAAUCAUAAGAAGAUCAGCAACUGUCCUGACAAAAACACUUAGGAGCAGAAGAAGAAGCAGAACAAAAAAGAAAAAAAGUAUAUGAAAAUAGCAGGUAGCAAGCAGGGAAGCAAGUAGAGACUCGAGAGUAAGAGAGAAAUAGGGCAGCAGAUGAAAGGUGACAAGGAGAAAACCCAUGCACGAUUAAUAGCGAACGCGAAAGCACGGGGUGAGCAAGAUGGUGGUAAUGGAUACUGAUGGGAAUGGAGGGCUGAUGAGGCCGGAUGAUGAUGAUGAGCGAUUAUCGAUGAUGAUGAUGAUAUAAACGCAAAUAAACGUAGGUGUUGAAGCAUCCUAGAAAUGCAUAAACAAAUUGGGCAAAAUUUAACAAAAAAAAAAUAUGCGCAAAAACUCAGCAGCAACGCGCGCACGGCGUAAUGUAGAAAAGCAAUCAAGCGGGAUUUAUGUUAGCCCUAUAUUAGUUUACUCUAAGUUGUGGUGAAUUUUUGUUUUACCUAAGCCCUCUUUCUUAACUAUUAUGUACGCUUCUUCACGUUUCGCGCUUUCCUUUGCCCUUGUUCCAUCUUGUUACGAAUGUUACCCUGUUUAUCUCUCUCUCUCUUCUUUUUUUAUCUCUCUCUUUACUAUUAUUGUACGCAUUGGUUUGUACGCAGGCGGGGGCAGCAAGGGGCGGUCCUGAAGGACAAAACCGCAUCCUUGUGCGCGCCGCUCCUGUUUCGUAUUUCGCAUGUGAAAGAAAUGUACAAACUUCAAAAUCUACCAAAUGAAUUGAAUUAUCGUCCCAAUAAACGUUACAUUACAACAAACAAACAAACAACUCGCCUCCAUGAGACUAUCUUGGUCUGUUUUGUUCUGGUUUGCGGUUUUUGCAGGGUUAGAGCUAAAAUAAUUGGAAGAAAAAGGAAAGGAACAUAAACGAUCGUUUCGGAGUAAGACGGUGUAAUGCAUUUCUCCCCGGGGUCGAGCGGGAAUGAAAGGUGAAUGAAAAAUAAUUUUAAAACAACACACACACACAUACACAAAAUAGGACAAUUUAUAGUUGUUCAUGGGCCCUCAAUGGGCUCGAUGUUUUGCUUUAAGCCUCGUUUUUGUACGCAAUAUGUAGCUACACUUACGCUUUAUUUUAGGCACUGGAAAGAAACGUUACCAUGGAAUGCUGAGCAGAAACCGGGCCGUAUUCAAAUAGCAAUGAGAGCAAACGAAAACGGUGUUUCGAUCCGUCACAUGCUGGCUAGAGUAGAUUGCACGGCGCGAAGGAGCCAAGCGUGGAAGGAAAGGACGAGGUGGAACGAGAGCAGACUACAUGAAGACACGAGGUGUGGCGCAUGAACACAAUCAGUAAAAUCGAUCGGAAAAGUCAGUAAAAUCGGGGCGAAACCUUAACCGGCGCUGCAUUAUUCAGCCCGUCGUAGUGUGCAGAAUAAAGGGAAAGGUGGCAGGCGAUAGCAAAACUAAUAACGGCCGGGGGGAGAAAAAAGGAGUAGAAAAUGGAAAAAAUAAAUAAAUUAUGCAAAACACGACAUUGAUUGUUGGUUUGCGAAACGCGGGUAAAAACGAACACGCAAAUCCUAAGAGAGAGAGAGAGAGAGAGAACGAAAAAAGAAAACAUUCAGUAGAGCAUUAGCUCCAGUAAUAUCGGACAAAAGUGUAAACAUUGGUGAAACAAAAACCACCAAACCAAGCAAAAAGGAAGGGUAAAUAUAGUAACCGAAACAAAAUGGACAACAAAUAUUCACAAGCAGUUUAGGUGUGGAGGAGGGCCUUCAAAAACAAUCUUUAUCAUUGCUGUUUCUGUAAAACAUACUGACAUUUAAAACUGCAAAAUAAAACCCAAAACAUA